CAAAUACACAACGGUUACUUCUAAACCAUUCUCAUCAUCAUUAUAUAUAAACCCUUCUCUCCUCUCACACAUUAUUUCACACUAUCUUUCUUCUGUGAGGGUUUCGAGGCAUUUCAAACUAUGGCUGGUACGAGUCGCAGGUUUGGUGUGGGCGUGUUGGUUUCGAUGAUUCCUAUGAUGAUGCUUCUUGCUUCUCAAGCUGUGGCCAGGGAAUAUGUUGUUGGUGGCAAAGAUGGGUGGGUGGUGAAACCUUCCGAAGACUAUGGUCAUUGGGCUCAAAGAAACAGAUUUCAAGUCAAUGACACUCUUCAUUUCAGGUACAACAAAGGAAGCGAUUCGGUGGUGGUGGUGAAGAAGGAGGAUUUCGAUUCAUGCAACGCCAACAACCCAAUUCAGAAAAUGGACGAUGGCGAUUCAAUCUUCCAAUUUCCCAACUCGGGUCUCUUCUACUUCAUAAGUGGCAACCCCGACAACUGCAAAAACGGCCAAAAACUCAUCGUUUUAGUCAUGGCCAUCAGAAACCUCCCUCCACGCGCCGCCGCCCCGCCGCCCCUUCCGCCGCAGAAGGUUCCGGCCUCCGCCCUGGCCGCUCCGGCGCCGCCUCCCACCGACAAAUCGGCCUCCGGAAGGGUUGGUGUGAGUGUUGUCGGUUUGGUGUUCACUGCCUUUGUUGGUUUGGUUUGGUUUAUUUAGUUUGUUGGAUGAGACUUUUGUGAGUUGGAACUGAUUGAUGUGGUCAGAAAAUAAUGAUUGUUUCCCAUCAUUUGUACUUUCUAGUUUCUAUGGCAUUGGUGAUGAAACUUUGUUCUCAUUUUUUUUUCUUUAGGAUUUGUCGACAUUUGCACGUGUGUUUGUGGUGGAAUGCUAUGCAUAACUCACAAAAGAUUAUGUUGUGUUCUUGUAAUUCUGUAUUUUUUUUUGUUUUUUUUUUUAAUGUUCCUUUAUUUUUCCCAUCUUCAAGUGGUUAAUGAAAAGUUGAUUCAUGGCCUGGAUUUUAACAUAAAA